AUGGUCGAUCAAAUUCCUCCAGUUUCUACAAAACAAACAGAUGGACGCGGCUCAAUAUCUAUAGGAUCUCUGCCGCCUCCUCCGCCUACUCAAUUCGAUGGGGAUGAGCCGCCUCCUCCGCCACCAGGAUUUGAUGAUGGAGCUCUACCUCCUCCCCCUCCUCCUCCUGGUUUCGAGGAUGAUAUUUUACAGCCACCACCUCCGCCUCCGGACUUCGAUUCAGAUAUCACAGAGAGUCGAAUUAUGCGAACACAUGAUUCUACCAGUCAUGUAAGUGGUUAUGAAAGAGCCGAGCUUGACAAUGAUUCGAUUAGAAUAUCAUCAGACCAUAAGAGAAAUUUAGAAAGCCGCUAUGCCAGCAAUAGUCAGAGGAAACGUUUAAAGAAGGGAAAAAGAAGCUCUAAGAAAGUGAGGGUUGCAACUCAAAAACCAGAAAUGCCUCCCGAACACUUGCGGAAGAUUAUCGAUACUCAUUCGGAUAUGGCAUCUAAACGAUUUAACUACGAUAAAAGGGCUUUCUUGGGAGCUCUAAAGUACAUGCCUCAUGCUAUGCUUAAACUUGUGGAAAACAUGCCACAACCUUGGGAAGCGGUAAAGGAGGUCAAAGUUCUUUACCAUGUGACGGGUGCUAUCACAUUCGUGAAUGAGAUUCCGCGUGUCAUAGAACCUAUAUACACCGCCCAGUGGGCCUCUAUGUGGUUAGCAAUGAGACGAGAAAAACGAGAUAGAUCUCAUUUCAAGCGAAUGAGGUUUCCAGCUUUUGAUGACGAUGAGCCGCCUUUGUCAUAUGCACAAAACAUACUGGCGUGCGAACCCUUAGACCCUAUGCAUUUGGACCUCGACAAGCUUGAAGAUACAUUUGUCAAGGAUUGGUUUUACGACAGCCGACCUUUGGCCAAUGAUGAAGACAAGGUCAAUGGUUCUUCAUAUAGGAGGUGGUUUUUGCCGCCACCAGUUAUGGCAAACCUGCAAAGAUUGGCCACUCCUUUGAGAAACGAAAUCCAAGAUCACAACUAUUAUUAUCUUUUCGAUAAGAAAGCUUUUCUAACAUCAAAAGCCCUCAAUACAGCAAUUCCGGGAGGACCAAAAUUUGAACCGUUAUAUCCUCACGAGGAGGAGGAAGAUUUCAAUGAAUUUAACUCUAUUGAUAGAAUUAUUUUUCGAGUUCCAAUACGAAGCGAGUACAGAAUAGCGUUCCCCCACCUCUAUAACUCGCGCCCUCGGUCAGUUGAAAUAUCCUGGUAUGGCGAUCCCAUUUCUUGCCUGAUAAAGAACCAAAACGACACAGAAAACCCCACUUUUUUUUUCCAUUCCUCUUUAAAUCCCAUAAUAGCCGAAAAUGACAAUACCAAUAUUCACAGACUUUCAGAUUACAAAAUUUCACUCCCGCAAGAGCUGACCCCCGCAAUGGCUGAUGAGGAGCUCGUUUUUCCUGAUAGUAAAGAUGCCUUCGAAUUGUUUUUUUCUCCAUUCCCAUUUAACAAAAAUUCUGGAAAAAUGGUUAGAGCUCAGGAUGUUCCGUUAAUCAAAAGUUGGUAUUUACAACAUCCCGAUGAAGAAUAUCCAAUCAAGACUAGAGUUUCUCAUCAAAAACUUUUAAAAACGUAUGUCUUGAAUGAACUCAAACCGAAGAAUGGCAUUAGCACCAGAAAAGUCAAGCUUCUUAAAGAUUUCAGGAAUACCAAGUAUUUUCAGCAGACGACGAUAGAUUGGGUAGAAGCAGGUCUUCAAUUGUGUCGCCAAGGACACAAUAUGCUCAACUUACUUAUUCAUCGCAGAGGCCUAACAUAUCUCCAUCUAGAUUACAAUUUUAAUUUGAAGCCAACCAAGACUUUGACAACCAAAGAACGUAAGAAGUCAAGGUUCGGUAAUGCUUUUCAUCUGAUAAGGGAGUUACUGAAGGUCAUCAAAUUACUUGUCGACUCUCAUGUGCAAUAUCGGCUUGGUAAUGUCGACUCUUUUCAAUUGGCAGACGCAAUAUAUUACAUUUUGAAUCAUCUUGGUCAGCUUACGGGGAUUUACAGAUACAAGUACAAGGUAAUGCAUCAAAUUCGUGCAUGUAAGGAUCUCAAGCAUUUGGUAUAUUUCAGAUUUAACAAGAUAAUAGGGAAAGGUCCUGGAUGCGGCUUUUGGCAGCCGGCAUGGAGGGUGUGGAUAUUCUUUAUGAGAGGUAUCAUUCCGCUUCUGGAAAGAUGGCUUGGUAACCUUCUCACUCGGCAAUUCGAGGGUAGGUCCAAUGAGAUUAUUAAAACGACAACAAAACAAAGAGCGGAGGCCUAUUAUGACCUAGAACUUCGAGCUUCGGUAAUGAAAGACAUUCUAGAAAUGAUCCCUGAAGGAAUUAGGCAAAAAAAGGCGAGAACGGUUCUACAGCAUCUGAGCGAAGCCUGGAGGUGCUGGAAGGCAAAUAUACCAUGGGAUGUUCCAGGAAUGCCCGAGCCAAUCAAGAACAUAAUCGAGAGAUAUAUAAAGGCCAAAGCUAAUGGCUGGAUCUCUGCGGCUCAUCACAACCGAGAGCGAAUGAGGCGGGGUGCGCACGUCGAAAAGACCGUAGUCAAAAAGAACUUGGGGCGGUUGACGAGGCUCUGGGUAAAAAAUGAGCAAGAAAGACAACAGUUAAUCGAAAAAAAUGGCCCCGAAAUCCAGCCAGACGAAGCAACAGCAAUCUUCGCGACAAUGGUCAACUGGCUCGAAUCGCGCAACUUCUCACCCAUACCGUUUCCUCCAUUGGCGUACAAAAAUGACACCAAGAUUCUUGUUCUAGCACUAGAGAAUCUAAAGGAUGUUUACAGUUCGAAAGUAAGACUAAACUCAACCGAACGUGAAGAACUGGCUUUAAUCGAAGAGGCAUUUGAUAAUCCGCACGAAACUUUGAACAGGAUAAAAAAAUAUCUCUUGACUCAAAGAGUUUUUAAGUCGAUUGAUCUGACAAUGGUUGACCACUAUCGAACAAUAUCGCCGGUGUUCGCUGUGGAUCCUUUGGAAAAGAUUACAGACGCAUAUUUGGAUCAGUACCUAUGGUAUGAAGCUGACGAGAGGAACCUCUUUCCUAAUUGGAUAAAACCGAGCGAUGCUGAAAUACCCCCUCUGCUGGUAUACAAAUGGUGUCAGGGUUUGAACAAUCUUACUGACGUCUGGGAUGUCUCAAAUGGUCAGUCAACCGCAAUUUUAGAAACCAGGCUGGGAGAAAUGGCAGAAAAAGUGGACUUCACUCUGCUAAAUAGAUUACUGAGACUCAUUGUCGAUCCCAACAUUGCGGACUAUAUGACUGCCAAAAAUAAUGUGGUUCUUAACUACAAAGAUAUGGCCCAUGUGAAUAAAUAUGGGUUGAUCAGAGGCCUACAGUUUGCUUCCUUUAUAUACCAGUAUUACGGUUUGGUUAUGGAUCUCCUCCUACUUGGGCCGGAAAGAGCAAAUGACUUGGCUGGCGGGCCUGAAAGUCCCAACGAUUUCAUGCAAUUUAAAGAUAUUGAAACAGAGAAAAGAAACCCAAUUAGGUUAUACGUUCGCUACCUGGAUAAAGUGUACAUUUUAUUCCAGUUUGAGGAGAAGGAGGCUGACGAACUCACUGAGGACUAUCUUUCGGAGAAUCCUGAUCCCAAUUUUGCAAAUGCUGUGGGCUACAAUAACAAAAAAUGUUGGCCAAGAGAUGCGCGCAUGAGAUUGAUGCGCCAAGAUGUAAACUUGGGCCGAGCAAUUUUUUGGGAGAUGGAAAGUCGGAUACCCUCAUCAUUGGCUGUGCUCAAGUGGGAGACUAGUUUCGUUUCCGUCUACAGCAAGGAUAAUCCUAAUCUAUUAUUCACAAUGUGUGGCUUCGAAGUACGCAUUUUGCCAAAGCACAGGAUAGACGAGGUGAUCUAUACUAGUGAAGGUGUCUGGGAUCUUUUGGAUGAUAAUACGAAGGAAAGAACUGCUAAGGCAUUCCUCAAAGUGUCACAGGAGGCCAUAGAAGAUUUCGAUAGCAAGAUUCGUGGCAUACUGAUGGCAUCGGGAUCUACAACGUUUACUAAGAUUGCAGCAAAGUGGAAUACUGCUUUACUCUCACUUUUUGCAUACUUUAGGGAAGCAAUUGUAGCAACAGAGCCUCUGCUAGACGUCCUGGUAAAGUCAGAAACACGUAUCCAGAAUAGAGUCAAGCUUGGCUUGAAUUCCAAAAUGCCGACACGUUUUCCGCCAGCUGUUUUCUACACUCCCAAGGAGCUUGGAGGUUUAGGGAUGAUAAGCGCAUCUCACAUUCUAAUUCCGGCUUCUGAUUUGACAUGGUCAAGGCAAACGGAAACCGGAGUUACACACUUUAGGUCAGGGAUGAGCCAUGAGGAUGAAAAAUUGAUACCUACUAUAUUUCGAUACAUAACAACGUGGGAAAACGAGUUUUUAGACUCUCGAAGAGUGUGGGCCGAAUACGCUGCCAAAAGACAUGAGGCCCUGCAGCAAAAUCGCAGACUCGCAUUUGAGGAAUUGGAAGGUUCUUGGGAUAGAGGUAUACCAAGGAUCAGCACCUUGUUUCAAAAGGAUCGUCAUGUCUUAGCCUAUGACAGGGGGCAUCGUGUACGCAGAGAAUUCAAGAGUUUCUCAUUAGAACGAAACAGUCCUUUUUGGUGGACGAAUGCUCACCAUGAUGGUAAACUAUGGAAUUUAAAUGCAUAUCGAACUGAUGUGAUACAGGCGCUUGGAGGCAUAGAAACAAUCUUGGAACAUACUUUAUUCAAGGGUACCGGAUUCAGUUCUUGGGAGGGGCUUUUCUGGGAAAAAGCUUCAGGAUUCGAGGACUCUAUGCAAUUCAAGAAACUUACGCACGCUCAAAGGACUGGCCUGAGUCAGAUCCCCAACCGUCGAUUUACUUUGUGGUGGUCACCUACAAUCAAUAGGGCCAAUGUUUACGUUGGAUUUCUGGUCCAGCUAGAUCUUACUGGGAUAUUUCUGCAUGGAAAGAUUCCGACCUUGAAGAUUUCUCUGAUACAGAUUUUCCGUGCGCAUCUGUGGCAAAAAAUCCAUGAAAGCAUCGUCUUUGAUGUCUGUCAGAUAUUGGACGGUGAGUUGGAUGUGCUUCAGAUUGAAACAGUGACUAAGGAGGCAGUUCAUCCGCGUAAAUCUUACAAAAUGAAUUCUUCAGCUGCGGAUGUUACCAUGACCAGCAUGUAUCAGUGGGCUGUAUCUAAACCUUCGUUACUACACGAUUCGAAGGAUUCUUUCGAUGCUACUUAUUCAAAGAAAAUGUGGUUCGAUGUCCAGCUGCGGUAUGGUGACUAUGAUUCUCACGACAUAUCAAGGUAUGUUCGUGCUAAGUUUCUUGACUACACCACUGAUAAUGUCAGUAUGUACCCAUCGGCAACAGGUGUCAUGAUUGGGAUCGAUCUCGCUUAUAACAUGUAUGAUGCUUACGGAAAUUGGUUUAGCGGUCUGAAACCUCUGGUUCAGAAUGGUAUGCGAACCAUCAUGAAAGCCAAUCCUGCCCUGUAUGUUUUACGUGAGCGCAUCAGGAAAGGUCUUCAGAUAUACCAGUCAAAUAUCCAAGAGCCGUUCCUCAACUCAUCGAACUACGCAGAGCUAUUCAGUAACGACGUUAAGCUCUUUGUUGAUGAUACGAACGUAUACAGGGUAGCAGUUCACAGAACGCUGGAGGGCAAUGUCGCGACGAAAGCUAUAAAUGGCUGUGUUUUUACCUUGAAUCCCAAAACUGGCCAUCUCUUUUUAAAAAUCAUCCAUACCUCAGUUUGGGCAGGUCAGAAGCGUUUGAGUCAGCUAGCCAAAUGGAAGACCGCGGAAGAGGUGAGUGCACUGAUCAGGUCCUUACCUAAGGAAGAGCAGCCCAAGCAAAUAAUUGUUACUCGUAAAGCUAUGCUUGAUCCAUUAGAGGUACACAUGUUAGACUUUCCCAACAUUGCAAUUAGACCUACUGAGCUGAGAUUGCCCUUUUCUGCUUCUAUGGCUAUCGACAAACUGUCAGAUGUGGUUCUGAAAGCGACAGAACCGCAAAUGGUACUUUUCAACAUUUAUGACGAUUGGCUGGAGAGGGUUUCCUCAUACACUGCAUUUUCAAGGCUGAUUCUUCUUUUGAGGGGCCUGAAAACGGAUGAAGAACAAGCGAAAAUGAUCCUACUUGGUGAUCCGACAAUUCCUAUAAAGCCUCACCACCUGUGGCCUUCAUUUUCUGACGAGAAAUGGAUCGAAAUUGAAGCUAAGAUGCGUGAUUUGAUUUUAGGUGCCUAUGGAAAGAAGUACAACGUCAACAUUUCUGCUUUGACCCAAACUGAAAUCAAGGACUUGAUACUGGGGCAGAAUAUCAAGGCGCCUUCGGUCAAGAGGCAGAAAAUGGCUGAGCUUGAGGCGGCGAGGAUUGAGGAUCAUGCUGAUAGUCUCGAUGCCGGAGCAUCUAGCGUUAUGAAAACUAAGACUGUCAAUGCCCAGGGUGAGGAAAUAGUCGUCGUUACCUCAGCAAAUUACGAAAACGAAGCGUUCUCAUCGAAAAACGAAUGGAGGAAAAACGCCAUUGCGAACAGUUUGUUAUACUUGAAGCUUAACAACAUAUACGUUGCGUCGGACGACUUCAUUGAGGAGAAGGACGUUUUCGUCCUGCCGAGAAAUUUGCUAAAGAAGUUUAUCGAGAUAUCGGAUGUGAAAAUUCAAGUUGCCGCCUACAUGUAUGGCUGCUCUUCACCAGAGCACCCGAAUGUCAAAGAAAUACGUACUAUAGCUCUGUGUCCGCAAUUGGGAAAUGGCAACUCAGUUCGAAUCUGCAAGCCUCCUAUCACUGAAGAUCAACCAGAGCUCGAAGAUCUGCAACUGCUGGGCUGGGUUCACACUCAGACUCAGGACCUGAAAUUCAUGACAGCACCUGAAGUAACAACACAUACAAGGGUAUUUGCGUCCCACUUCAAGGAAAAAAUAGAUUUAACUGUCUGCCUGUUACCAGGUUGUGUGUCCCUUGCAGCGUACAACUUGACUGAUGAGGGUUACAACUGGGGCACUCAAAACCAAGGUGUGGCCGACAUCAUAUCAGAAGGCUUUGAUCCAGGCUUUAGCGAGCACGCUCAGCUUCUACUUUCCGAGAGGUUCAUGGGAAACUUCUUGGUUCCAUCCAGUGAUUUCUGGAACUAUACUUUCAUGGGAGCAAGCUUCACCGAAGAGCUGCGGUAUGACAUGAAGAUCGGCAUCCCGUUGGAGUUCUACAACGAGACACAUCGUAUCACCCAUUUUCUGCAAUUCAGCGCUACCAAUGAGGAUGAAGCCGUCGACGCUGAACAAGAAGAUCCAUUCGCCUGA